AUUACGAGAUAUUUUUCGAAACAUGGAGAAGAUUAAAAUUUGGAACAAGUACUUUUGCACGUACAUCCAUUUUACGAUUUACGACUAAAUGCUUUGCUUUUGUGUCCCAUCGGUCAAUAAUAAGGGGUAUUUAGCUUCAAAAAAACACAUGCUUCCGACUUAUUAUUACCUGACGUUACAUGUUUUAUUAUUAACUACAGUCGCCGUUUGAAAACCUUUGCUAAGGCCACAAAACAAGAAGUUGGAGAAAUUUGAGCUAUUCGGUUCAAAACGAAGAAUUUACGUUCGACCUAGUGCCCAAGAAAAGAUGAUGACAACGAACAAUUAUAGUCUGGGGUGGUUUUUCUAACCAUGGAAUCGGCGAUUUGAUGAAAAUUGAUUGAAUUAUGAGACAAAAUUUUAGGAACAAAAUGCCGUUUCUUUUGGUUCGCGAUUAAUUGGACAUGGAUCCAUUUUCCAAAUGGACAGUGAUCAUAAACAUAUGUCCAAAUUUUGUACAGGACAUUUGGAAAAGAAAGGGUUACAGGGAGUGUUAAUAAACAAGGUUUGACCGCCGCUACCAACUGUUGAUAUUUCCUUACGUUUAUUGAUGAUCAAAAAGUGUUUUAUUGGAUUAUUUACUAGUUUAAUUGAAAUGAUCUGCAUGGUAUAUUAAAAUUAAUGCAUGAAAGAGACGUGAGGUGAUUUUCCUGAAGAUAAAUGGACGUUAAAAGAAAUUAAAGAUAAUAAUUGGUGUUUUUCUUCAAUAAUUAGCCACGUAACAAAAUUAAAUACAGGAAACGGUCCAUCCUUUCAUGUAUUUUUUAUUUUCUGCUAAACAACUUGAAUGACCCUACGUAAAAUGCUAUAUCUAGGUUGGUCUUCAAUUCUCGAUGUUAUUAUAUUUGAUUUGCCCGAUCUAGUUUAUUUUAAUGUUGACGUUCAAUCCGCACGCGUACUCAACAACCUCUUAUUGAAAAUGAAUGGGGCGAUUAUUUGCGUUGUGGUUUUUUUCGUUGUCAGUGCCGUUGGAGGUUAUUAUUUUCAGGAAAAUCGACCGAAAUAUCUGACUGCUGCCGUGGGUGAUCAUGUGGUUUUUAAUUGUGAAAUUGAUUUUCCGCAGAAUUUUCCGAUACCGUAUAAACUAUUUUGGAAAAGGAAGGGAGAAGUUAUUUAUUCCUGGUACGACGGACGAAUAACGGAAGCCGACGAUUACGUCGGUAGAAUAACAUUGAUAACGAAAAUACCUCACCCCAUUUACGGUAUGGGUUCCAUUAAUUUAACAUCAAUCAGAGAAUCCGAUGCUGGAUGGUUCGAAUGCCGAACUCUCUUCCCUAAUAGAACACCACCGUGGAGAAACAACGGCACGUGGUUCCAUCUCACUGUUAGCGGUGGAAAUUUAUUAGCUAUUCCUCCUCUUAACAAGACCGUUUUGGAAGGAGCCGAAGUAGAAUUUACAUGUCUUACUAAAGAUUACGAGAUUAAAGUGAAAUGGUUUAAAGACGGUAUAGAAUUAUCGGAAUACCACGAUUUGUUAACUAGAUCUUGGGUAACUAAAGAUAAUACGUUGGUUAUACGUCCGACUGAUUCUGGGGAUACUGGAGAAUACGAAUGUGAAGCUUCUAAUUACGAAGGCGAAAGACAAACUGCUAGAGCCUACCUCAAUGUACAAUAUAAAGCGAAAGUAGUAUACGCCCCACCGGAAAUUCACUUACCAUUCGGCCGUCCAGCUAUACUCGACUGCAAUUACCGAGCCAAUCCACCUUUGACUAACCUCCGAUGGGAUAAAGACGGUUUCCUUUUCGAUCCUUAUAAUAUACAAGGUGUUUUUUAUAGACGCAACGGAAGCUUAUACAUAAGUAAAGUUGACGAAACUCACAAUGGUGUUUAUACUUGCACACCUUAUAACGAUUUAGGCACAGCUGGACCUUCGACGAAUAUGCACGUUAUCGUACAAAAACCUCCAGUUUUCGUCACAACACCUCAUAAUUUAUAUUUGAGGAAAUUAGGGGAAACAGUGGAAAUGACUUGUGACGCUAGAGAUGGUGAAGAUGGUCAUAAACCUAUUAUUGUUUGGUAUAAGAAAGACGGUACAACUUUACCAGUAGGUCGAUACUUUAUCAAAGACGGAAACUUGACAAUUAUGGAUAUUCAAACGAAAGAUAGAGGUAUUUAUCAAUGUUCUGCGACGAAUAAAGCGGCUACAAUCACUGUAGAAACCGAGUUAUUAGUAGAAAAUGUUCCUUCCAGUGCUCCAUACAAUCUAUCGGCAGUAUCGUCGGCUACAACAGUACACUUAACAUGGCUAGUCAAUCGGCAGCGAAUCAAUGUCGAUUUUAGUGUUUGGUACAAAGAAAAAGAUACUAACGAAUGGAAAACUUACUCUGUAACUAAUACACAAAAUAUGGAAGCUACUAUAACUAAUUUGAACCCAGGGAAGGCUUAUGAAUUCAUGGUAAUGUGUAAAGACGACAACGAAGAUGGAUUUUUCAGUAAAUCAAUAACCGUUUGGACAAAAGAGCUGGAAGGUGAACCAGAAGCUAGAUUUAUUUCAAAAUUUCCCCCGGUGGGUUAUCCUCGAAAUGUGACUGUUCAUCCUACAGAAGGGGGUUUAUUAGUAUCUUGGCAGAAACCUGAAUACGGUCUGGAAUUUUUGAAAUGGUACAUCGUCAGAUGGACCAAAGGAAGUGAUGAUUAUUUCUUUGGAUCUGCUGAUACAAUCAAUACAUCGUAUUUGAUAACAAAUCUAUCAGAAGGCACGGAAUAUGACAUACAAGUAGUCGCUUUAUCUAUAGAUGAUCAACAAUCGGUUAGUGACAAAGUCAAAGCGAUACUUCCAGGAUUCAAAAGUUUAAGGGCAAUAGCGACAGGCAUCGUAGCUGGUUUAGGAUUCUUAGCUGUAGCUUUCGUAGCCGUUUAUUACAUCAAAAAGAAAUGGUUCAAUUCGAACCCACAAAUUACUGUCAAAACUUAAUAUUUUCGUCGUUAUUUGUACCGGGUGUCCCAAAUUUGAAGAAUAUCAAUAGGAUUUCAAAAACUGAAAAUGAGACGUAUUUUUUUAUAUAUACUUCAGCGUUUACAAGGCUGGGUCGAUUAGUUUGUAGUAUCUACAAUUUUUUAUCCUUCUUCAGGUUUGGAAACAGAAAAUAGUCACUAGGGGUUAAAUCCGGAGAGCUAAUUUUUUGUGUAAAAACUUAAUUGAUGUUACUAAGCCGUCCAUAUUGUUUUUCCUUUAUUAAAAUCCUCACAUAUUUCCGCACAUUUCCAUAAUUCAACAAGCUAUCGAGGAAUUUCAGCAUGAAGAUGAUUGAAACUUAGUGACGUUGAAUAACCUGAUGUCAUUAUCUCUGAAAGGUUUCAUAUUCUCGAAUUUGAGAUACCCCGUACAUAUUUAAAAUAAAAUUUAGAUAAUUUCACCUUUAUUGUUAUAUUUUUAUUAAAUGAUUUUUAUUUAAC